UGCACGGACAUUUGCUGGAUGCACAAGCUACUAUCACCGCUAGGUGUCGCUGCUGUAACGUCAACAUCGAUCAGCUGUGAGAGGAAAUCUGUGGACUGCAUGAGAGUGUAUGUAGGUCUCGAAAGCAAAGGCCCAUGAUUGAUGUAGCCAGCUUUCACCAGCAUCAAGCUACAGACAGUGCAUUGCACUGAUCCUGGUUUUGUUAGUUGCCUGUGAAUGUAAUAUGAGACAGAAUAACACCAAUGUCCUUUAGUGUGAGAUGUGGGUGUGGCCUUGUGUAAACAUUUCAUGAUAUCAUUGGAGAGGAGGAAUGGAGAAUCAAGGAGUGGGCAAGGCUAAGGCAGGUAGUGUGGGAGGGGUGGUCAAGACGGAGGCUCCCAGUGACAGCCCGGGAAGGAGGCUACACCGGCAAGUCAUGCAGAAGCUAAACGAAGCCUGUGAGGGUUCUACAGGCCAAGCCAUCGCCAGCAAGCUCCAGAGGACUGGCCACAUGGUGCAGACCACCAUGGAGUGGAUGCGGACCAUCCCCACACGAGAUUGUGACAUCCUCAUGACGUUUCCAGGCAGCACGGGGGACCACACUCUCAUGUGGCUCCUGUCACGCCUGCGCUCUCGGAUGCCGGCGCUCGGCGUACAUGUUCGCUACCUUCCUCAUCUGAAGGUCUGGGGGUUCUACAUGACGGCAACUUACGACAAUUUAUUGAGGUACGCAGAAGAGAUGGGUCUGAAGAAAACAAUGAAGCCAGAGUUUGGAGGAGGCAAGAAACACUUCCUGUAUGAGGAGAAGGAGAGCUUUGACGGAGUGGAGGAUGAGACCGCCUUCUUCUCAUCUCAGGAGAGACAGUCUAUAGUUAAGUACAUGCUGGACAACUUGAGGGCUGUAGCAGGAGACAAGCUGAAGAAAUAUGUGUUCUUCGAGGGACAACCAAUCAUUCCUAAAUGUCUGUCCAAAGGCAUGAUUAAGCAGAUCCUGCCCCUCCACAGAAGUGAGGACCUGGAGAGGCUGAAGAAGACCUGGGUGCACGCCUUCUUCAAGCCACAACCAUUAGAUCACAUCCGUGAUUACUUUGGAGUGAAGAUUGCCAUGUACUGUGCUUGGCUUGGGUACUACACAUGGGCCCUCGUCUUCCCAGCAUUCUUCGGGCUUGUCAUGUGGUUCUGGGCUGGCAGUGAUGAGAAGAGAGAUGGGGUAGUGUUCCAUGUGUUUGCCAUGUUUAAUGUGAUCUGGGCCACCCUAUACCUGGAGGGCUGGAAGAGAAAGUCUGCAGUCCACGCCUACACGUGGGGGACUCUAGACAUGCCAUCCUCCUUACUACAGGAGCCACGCCCACUCUUCAAGGGAAGCUUGACUGGCAGUGAGGUAACUGGCCGGCCUGAAAUCACGUACCCCUCCUGGAAACGGAACCUGUUCUACUGCUUUGUGAGUGUCCCAGUGGUGGCCAUGUGUCUCCUGGUGGUGUUCUGUAGCAUGUUGGCCUGCUUUGAGCUGCAGGAAGUUGUGAACCAGGGUGACGAUGUGUCAACAGUGACCAGGUUCAUCCCAAAGAUCCUGCUGUCUCUUGUUGUCAUGGUAAUGGAUGAGGUCUACAAGAGGAUAGCCAUAUGGCUCAAUGACAAAGAGAACUACCGAUUACAGAGUACUUAUGAGAAUCAUCUCAUUAUCAAGCUUGUCUUGUUCCAGUUUGUGAAUUCUUUCCUGUCCCUGUUCUACAUUGGUUUCUACUUACAAGAUAUGAACAGGUUGGAGGAGCAACUUGCUGCACUGCUGAUCACCAGACAAGUGGUGGGGAACAUUAAGGAGGCCCUGGUACCUUACCUGUGGGGGAAAGGAAGGCUUUUCAAGAUGGCUCACUCCAAGAUGAAGGAACGGGCUGGUGGAGAAGCCUCUGAAAGCCCUGUUACCUUGAACGAGGGAUCUACUGAAGAGGAGAAUACUGAAUCAUCAACAUCAGACAAAGCAGACAGCCUGGAGGAGGAUGAGGAGGAGACAGAGAAUGGGACGGAGGAGACAGAAGAAGAGAUUAUUGAUGAGUCUCCAGAUGCAGUUAAGCAUGGAAAGGGGUUUACUCAAGCAGAGGUGGAAAGCUGUAUGCAGCCUUACAUGGAUACAUUUGAAGACUACCUGGAGAUGUUUAUCCAGUUUGGCUAUGUUGUGCUGUUCUCCCCGGCCUUCCCCUGUGCAGCCAUGUGUGCUCUGAUGAACAAUGUCAUUGAGAUCAGGUCAGACGCCUUCAAACUCUGCACCAGUCAACGGCCGUUUGGGCAGCGGGUGGAGAACAUUGGGAUGUGGCAGGAUGUGAUGGAGUUGAUGGGGAUGCUGGCUGUUAUUGUGAACUGUGCUCUCCUGGUGAUGUCAGGACAGAUGCAGCACAUGUUCCCUGGUCUCACCACCACACAGCUCAUCAUCAUGGCUGUGGUUGUGGAGCAUGCAGUUAUUGCCCUGAAGUUCAUCAUGAGCUACGCCAUCCCAGACAUCCCAGAAUGGGUGGAGAAGGAGAUGGCUAAGGUGGAAUUUAAGAGAAGACAAGCGCACAAGAAACUGGAAUUCCUGAGACGGCAGAAUUCUAUCAUCGCUGAAGACAAAGCAAGUCCAGACAAAAGUCAGGAUAAGGAGAAAACAAAGACAAGCUCCAAGGGACAAUCAACACAAUCUACAGAACAGAAGAAAGAACAGAAGGGGAAACAAGAUAAAUCAAAAGGCAGUGGGCAAAAUGAGAAAAAAGAGAGUGGUGUGAGUAUCAGUGCAUUGCCAGAAAAGCAGCAGAAAGUAGAUUAAACUAUUUGUUGAUGCAAAUACGUCAGUACUAUUUAACAGUACUAUUUCUGAUAAUGAAAUGUAGCAUCAUCCAGGUCCAAGUGAAGUGCUAUCUGCAGGUCAAACUUGCAUAGGUUAAGUAGAAGCUUUAGCUGUAGAUAUGCAACACAAUCAUGGAAAUACCAAGUGUAGAUCAGGUCUGGCUGAUUUGUUAAUUGUGAGAAAUGCAAUAUUAUCACUCUUAAAUAUCCCCUGCUGUGGGCACAAUUAUGUGUGAAAAUGUGACGUAGUUGUAGAUGCAUGCAGAAUAGUGGCAUAGCCUGAAUGAAAAUACAAUUUGAUGUGGCUUUCUAAUGUAGGAGACUUUUUAAAGUAUUGCAACAAUGUACAAUCAAGGCAAUAAUGGUAAUGUUCAGUAUUCUAAACUUUCUAUACAGCUCACCUCAGAUUAUUUCUCCUUGCAAAAUAAGAGUCAGCAAAACUGAGGGUUAUAAACUUAUGCUUCUGCUAUAAAAGAAAAAUUGUAUCAUUCCCUAGCCCAAGUCAACAAUGGUAAAUUUUCCAAGAAAUCAGAAAGCUAUUUUUUUCUAUGUAUACUUUGGCAAUGUAGGUUUAUAGAAUUUGUUACAUUGAUCAUAGGAUACUUUUUCUACAUUGAGUGUAUAGUGUGGCUCAUAUAAUCCAUAUGGGAUUUGUUCUUUACAGAUUUGUGGAUAAUCUUAUGGGGCCAUCAUUGCAAAAAAUAUGAGUGUACAAACAAUAUAAAUGGAAAGAAGUAAAGAGAUUGCUCUGAACAGUGAAAUGCCUUUCAUAUUUUACAACUCUACAAUACUUUUUUGUACUGAUUGGUUCACAGCUGACCAUUUACAGUUUGCAUUCAGAUGUUUUACCAAUCUAUGUGUACAUGUAUGCCAUCUCAUGUGACGUUACACCCAUACUUAUGUCCAUUUUUACCACCAAUAAAAGUAGGUGAAAUUCCCAUAGUCAUAGAUAGUGUUGUAUAAAACCAAACUUUGAGACAGUGAAGACAAUAGCGGCUGACAAAACAAAACAGUUGAGUCUAGCAAAAAGAAUGGUGAAAAUAUUUUAUAGAUUUGCUAUUUUGAAAAUAGUUAGCAAUUAGCAUUUCUCACAUAGUGACAUGAUGACAUCUGCCACAAAUGUUUCUUUGGAAAAAACAGCAAGAUUGUUGAUGUAUGAAAAGUUUUUGAAUAAGGUAGUUUGAUGUCACAGAUUGUUCAAAUGUUAUUUUACAGUCAGCUGAUGUAUAGUGUGGUAACACUAACAGGAACAUUUCAUCUUGCGAUGUAAUUGUGUAAUAUUUGACUGUAAGUUUUGUUUGUGCUUGGUACAAAUAUGCAAGAGCAGAAAUUAUUGCAUAAACUAAUUUGAUAAGAUGAAACUAUUUGAGGAAUGGAAAUUACAGGUCUAUACUCUAAACCUGCAGCAGUCUUGUAAUAAGAACAGGUACACAGACUCUCCUGUUACAGUGGUGUAUUCACAACAGGAUUGAUGGCAUAGAUGGUCAGUUCUGGAGAUUAGCCAAUUUUGGGUUUUACUCAUUUUCUUGUCCUUGCAGUCAUUCCAUCUGCCCAUUUAUAUCCAUCUAUUUGAGAGUUUGCUGCUAGUGGUUAUGUGCUGAUUCAUCUUCAGUAGUUACGGGUAUUUAGCUAAACACUAAACAUUCACAAAACAACUAGGAAAAUCCUCUGAUAAGAUAUAGCCUGUGCAUAAUUUCUUCCCCACUUUUUUCUAUAAAAGUAAGAGGCAGUAGCUUGGGUAUACAGAGUACAAUGCAUUUUACAGAGAAAUCACAAGGCUACAUACAUCACUGUCAUACUUUUAACACCAAAACAUUAUUUUAUGAGGAAUCUGAUUAUGACUAUCAAGGUAACAUCAUUUACAAAUGGAGAUCAAUACCAUGACAUGCAUUUAUACAUUUCUGCUUAUUGCUUUGUGCUUACACAACAAAUUUGAAUAAAAGUAGUUCAGGACUGCUUAGCAGCAUUACAAUAUUGUGUAAAGCAAACUAUUGCAUAGUGCAAAUAACUCUUGGCAUGGGCAAAAUGAAGAAAGAAGUUUAAACUUGUUAAUACCCAAUAUUCUCUAUUUUGUGCUAUGGUACACUAUCUCUUAAAUUUCCACAUUCCUAUGAUUCUUGGAUAAACUAUACUUGCUUACAUUUGAUAUUGAGGAUAUUUCUUGCACAGCACAUCACAGCAUUACACAUAAGUGUGAUAGUUUUUUUACGAACACUUGGUUUCAUCUAUGGUGCAUGGUGCUUCUAAGAUGUGUCACAUGUGCUCAUCAUACUCUGUGCAUAGUACAAGGCUACUGUGUCGUGGAAAUGCCCUGAUAACAAAAUAUCAAUGAAUAAAAUAGUUGGUAUAACUUGUUCUUAUCAUUAAAAAGGACCACAUCUUCACCUCUAUCACAACAAUGGUAUAAUUGAUAGUUUCUAAACUCUGCUUGUAAUAAAGUACACAGAAGAGC